GAGCGGAAGCGGCGGCCGCGUGGCGGAGGCGGCAAUGGCGGCCCCCGGCAGGAGGAAAGGAAAGGCAUCUGAGCACAAGGAUCAGCUCUCCAGGCUGAAGGACAGAGAUCCUGAAUUCUACAAGUUCCUGGAGGAAAACGAUCGCACGUUGCUGGAUUUUGAUGCCUCAGACAGUUCAGAUGAGGAGGAGCCUCUGCACAGACCCCCUGACACGCUGGAGGAAGCAAGUGAUGAAGAUGAUGAGGAAGAGGAAGAACAAGAAAAAGUCAAAAGGAAGAGAGUUUCUUUCAUCUCUGUGAGCCUGAAAAUGGUUGAAGACUGGAAAAAAGCUGCACAGAGAAAUCUGACACCAAGGCUCUUCCAUGAAAUCACUCAAGCCUAUAAAGCAGCUGUAGCCACCACCAAAGGAGACAGUGGGGGUGAUCCCAGCAAGUUCCAAGUGACUGAUACCGCAGUGUUCAAUGCCCUUGUGUCCUUCUGUAUCCGGGACCUCUUCCACUACCUGCAGGAGCUGCUGCUUCCCAGAGCCCCAAAGAAGAAAGCCAAGAUGGUUCUCCCUUCCACCAGCCCGCUCUGGGGCAAACUGCGACUGGACAUAAAAGUGUACCUUGGCUGUACCAUACAACUCCUGUCCUGUUUGACAGAAGCCUCGGUUGGUGCAGCAGUGCUUCAGCACGUCAACUCCAUAGUGCCUUAUUAUUUAUCCUUCCCAAAGCAGUGCCGUGCCCUUCUCAAGCAAACAAUUACUUUGUGGAGCACAGGUGAGGAAACAGUGAGAGUCCUGGCCUUCCUUGUGCUGAACAAGUUCUGCCGCUACAAGAAGGAGGUUUACUUAAGUCCCUUGCUCAAGCAAAUGUACAUUGCCUUUGUGAAGAACUCCAGAUUCACCUCUCCCAACGUCCUGCCCAUGAUCAACUUCAUGCAGCGCACCCUGACGGAGAUGUACGCCCUGGACACCCACACCUCCUACCAGCACGCCUUCAUCUACAUCCGCCAGCUCGCCAUCCACCUGCGCAGCGCCAUGACCAUCAAGAAGAAGGAGAACUUCCAGUCUGUUUAUAACUGGCAAUAUAUCCACUGCCUGUAUUUCUGGUGUCGUGUUCUCAGCACCAUCUAUCCCAGUGAGGUCAUGGAGCCCUUGAUCUAUCCUUUGACACAGGUCAUCAUUGGCUGUAUAAAGCUGGUACCAACAAACCGUUUCUACCCUCUGCGCAUGCACUGCAUCCGUGCCCUUACCCUGCUGUCUGAGAACACCAGGACCUUCAUCCCAGUGUUGCCAUUUAUCCUGGAGGUAUUUCAACAAGUGGAUUUCAACAAGAAGCCAGGGAGAAUGAGUUCUAAGCCUAUAAACUUUGCUGUGAUCUUGAAGCUUUCCAAUGCCAACCUGCAGGAAAAGGCCUUCAGAGAUGGACUCAUUGACCAGCUCUAUGACCUGAUGCUUGAGUAUCUCCACAGCCAAGCCCACAGCAUUGGGUUCCCAGAGCUGGUUCUCCCCACUGUCAUUCAGCUGAAAUCCUUCCUGAAGGAGUGCAAGGUUGCCAACUACUGCAAGCCCAUCCGGCAGCUCUUGGAGAAGCUGCAGGAAAACUCUGCCUACAUCUCCAGCAAGCGCCAGAGAGCCGCCUUCGGCGUGGCCAGCAGGGAGGCUGUGGAGCAAUGGGAGAAGCAGGUCAAAGAGGAGGGGACCCCUCUGUCCAAGUAUUACACUCAGUGGAAGAAGCUGAGAGAGAAGGAGAUACAACUGGAAAUCAGUGGCAAAGAAAGGCUUGAAGACUUGAACUUCCCAGAAAUCAGGCGUAAGAAGCAGGAUGAAAGAAAGGAGGAAGAUAAGAAGGAAUUCAAGGACCUCUUUGAGAUGGACAGUGACUCUGAUGAGGAGAAUAGUGGAUUCUCUGUAAAAGGUAAAGGCAAAGCCAAGCAGGCAUCAGAUGACAGCUCAGAAGAGAGCAGCAAGGAGUAUGGUGAGGAUGAUGACGACGAAGAAGGGAGUUACGAAAUCGAGGAGGAGGAUGAGGAAGAACUGGGAGAAGACAGUGAGUCAGAUGAGGAAGGCAGGGAAGGUCAGGAUUCCCAAGGGCCAGGGAAGCAGAGGAGCUGCCCCCGAGGGAUGUCGCGCUCCGACCUGGAACAGCUCGCCCAGGGCGGGGAGGACAUCGUGGAGGACCUGGCGUUCUCAGAUGAUGACUGAGCUCCCUCACAGCCUCCCCUCCACGCUGACCCCUUACAGACUGCACUCCCUGAGCCUUCAGCACCUGGAGCAGGGGGUAAGAGCCGGGAACACGGCGGGUGGGAGCCCCAGGUGCCACCGAGGACUCACUCAGUGACGCGGCAGAGACGCGACUUGGGACUCUCAGAUUUUUUCUACCACUUAUGUUUUUGGUAACAAUAAAACUGUGGUCAUGUCAAGGCCAGUGAAAACUGCUCAGCAGAGGUAAUAAAAAAGCCCUCAUUAAAAAUCUGCUGCUUUAAAUAGCACAGGGUUCAGUUUCAGCUCCUGCCAAGUGAGCUGAGCAAGGGAAGGACAAGGUUUUUUUGGCUAAGGUUCCUCCCCUCUGGUCCACCAACCACCCCUGUCACCCCUUAUCUUGCUCUGGGGUCCUCACCAAAACCCACCCUGUUGCCAAGAAGGUCUUAAGGAUGGCACAGUGUGUUUCAGAGCUUGGUAGCUUCAAUGGAAGCCUUUAUCAGCUCAGGCUGGCUGGCUCUAAGUGUGCUACAGAAGGUGACUUCAAACUGAAGUUCCCUGGGUUGGGGAGACCGUGCAGGCAGGAAUAAGGAAAGGCAAAACUAAUAAUGCAGGAAACACUUCCAUUUUGUGAUAGCUGCCUCCCCGUGCCCUUCCAGGCAACCUGCACACCACAAGAGGUCAAGAUGUUUUUUUUUUAAAAAAGAAUAUUUAAAUAUAAAAUACACUUUUAUUUUUUUGUGUCUUGUUGGACACCCACACUGGCCGCAGUGAAAAAAAAAAGAGAGAGAGAGACUUCUUGGUUAAAGCCAGGUACCAUUUGUAAAUUAAGUGUUUUUCUUUUUUUAUUUAAAUUGAUUGCUGGAAAGCAUUUUUAUCGUGAUGUGAUGGAUGAUGACUUUUUUUUUUUCCUUUUUUUUUUACAAUAUAAAGAAGCUAAUGUACCACCAAGCUAUUUUGUAAGAAAAAAACGGUAGCACGUGCAACGUUUACCAAAAAAACCAAAAACAAACGAACAAAAAAAAAGGGGGGCAGGGGAGAGAGAGAGAAAAGUACCACAUGUGAUUGUUGUUCACAACUGUACAAGUCACAGGAGGUCACCCCCAGGAGUUCCCAGCUCAUUCACAGUAGUAAAAACUCUGCCCAUUGUUUUUUAGCCUGAACACCCCCCCAGCAUCCCCUCCCCGUCCCAGGGCUCUGUCUCAUGGUCCACAGCAGGCCAGAAUGUGCAACUACAUCCACCUCUGUAACAAGGCUUUCAAGAAGAACAAAAUCCAACCCUAGGAACAAAAAAAUAAAAAAUAAAAAAAACCCAACAACAAAACCAACCCCACCCCAGAUGUAGAAAUGAGUCUGUUGGACGCGUGAGGAGGGAGGCUGGGAGCCUUCAUCCCACCCGAGCACACGCUUCCUCCUUCUUCUUCGCCUUCUUCUCUUUGAAACAAAACAUCUAAUGGGGAAUAAAAAAAAAUAAA